AUGUUUCGGUGGCUGUUGAAGCCCAGGUUCUAUUCAAAAUGCUUGUCUUACGUGAAGCUUGUGAAGACUCGGCUAGAGAUAAUACAGAAGAAGAAGAAAGCAGUUCAGAAGUUUUUGAGGAGUGACAUCGCAGAGCUUCUUAGGAGUGGCCUUGAAUAUGAUGCAUACAUGAGGGCUGAAGGGCUUCUGUUCGAGCAGAAAAUGUUAUCUUGCUAUGAACUCAUUGAAAAGUUUGUUGGGUGCAUAUCAGAUCAUGUUGAAGACCUAACUAAGCAGCAGGAUUGCCCUGAUGAAUGCAAGGAAGCUGUGCCAUCAUUGAUGUAUGCUGCUGCAAGAUUUGCUGAUCUGCCCGAAUUGCGUGACCUCAGAACAUUAUUUACAGAGAAAUUUGGGAAUUCUCUUGAACCAUAUAUAAACAAAGAGUUUGUUGAGAGGCUGAGGCGAGAUCCGCCUACAAGAGAAAUGAAGAUUGGACUAUUAUAUGAUAUAGCACAAGAGUUCUCUAUAAAAUGGGAUGGCAACUCUUUGAGAGAAAGACUUUAUACACAGUCGUCAUUAUGUGAAGAGAAGCCUAUGCCUAGGGAAGACUUGAAUAAAUCAAAAGGAAAGGAAAGAAACAACCAACAUCUAGAAAGGAAGGAUUUAAAUGAUGACUCAUGGAUACACCAAAGCAGUAGCAGUGAUGAUGAAACAAGUCUGUCAUCCCUCAAUGGCCGAAAGGGUAGUAGUUCAAGUUCAUUGGAAAGCAUAUCUGAGGAUGAAGCUGAAACCAAGAGGUCAAUUUCUUCCUAUUGGCGCAUUCCACCACCAUACCUCAAACAAAAGACAAACAAAAGUGAUUCAAAGAAAACAACACAUGCUGACAUUGAAGCACCAGAUUCAGGUGGAAUGAAACCAGGCAAAGAAAAACGUUAUCCUUCCCAACAACCAGAACAUGAUACCGGGCAAAACAGAAGGCGUACAAGCUCACAUGUCAGAGGAAAAUCUCUUCCUUCCGAACCCACCACUGCAGUGGUAACAUCAAAUGGGCAUACACGAACCAUUUCCUUGGAAUCAGGAAUGAGGGGUGGUGCAUGGCGUGUGCAUCCAAAUCUACCCGAUUAUGAUGAACUGAGAGCUCGUCUUUUAGCUCUCAGACAGAGAUAA